UGUGUGUGUGUGUGUGUGUGUGUGUGAUAAAAAAAAGAAAGAAAUAAAGACCGGCAUCACUUUGUUGGAAUGGGAAGUUUCUCCACAUGAGACUGGGACUGAAUUAUCUUCAGAGCUGCCAUAUUAAAAAUAACUGAUGAACCAGAAUUAUGUAACAGAAGAUUCCGUGAAAGCAUUAACAUUAGUCUGUGGAAUAAGGUGUCCAGCCAUGCAAGGAUUUUGAUUACAUGUGCGAUUAUAUACUCACUCAGAGAAUUCGCAUGGUAAUAUUUACUGUUUAAAAAGUCGUUCUGCAUGAGUACCAGCCAGUUUGCUAAAAAUGUAGUAUUUAAAGCCAUUCGCUUUCAACCGUGUGUUGUUUAGCGGCAGAGAGAAGUGGGAGGGAGAAAGAGAGAAAGAACAGCCCCUGAUUCCACUCGUGCAUUUUUAACAACGUUGUGGAACUUUGCGGGUUGUCGCUAUGACUCCUGGGCUAUACUGUUACAUCCGUCACAGCCUGUACGCAGCAGCUCCGCAAAACUCACGCAGACCCGUCCCGCUUUAACGGCAGAAGGAGAAGACAUAUUACUUACAGGUGUGCAAAAGUUUCUGAAAUGAUGCUGAAUACACAAAGAGAGAGUAGAGAUGUAGUGAGAAGAAGAGCCAGCACUCCAGUAUCCUCCUCUCAACAUAGAGUAAUGCACAGAGAACCUCAGCAUCCUCCUCUCGCACAGUCUGCCUCCUACCAGGCUGGAGACACAAAACUCCACCUAGGAGCUCAUUGGUCCUCCGACUCGGAGGGGUCAGACAGUUCAGGUAAUGAGUGUCUCUACCAGGUCAUCCUACUUGGUGAUCAUGGAGUCGGAAAGUCCAGCCUUGCUAGAAUCUUUGCUGGAAUCCAGGAAAAAGAUGCUCCAAACUGCAUAGGUGAGAACAUGUAUGAAAGAACACUGACAGUGGAUGAAGAAGAAACCACCCUCAUAGUAAUGGACACAUGGGAAGCAGAAAAGCAGGAAGAAGAUGAGACGUGGGUUCAGGACUACUGCAUGCAGGUUGGGAAGGCAUAUGUCAUUGUUUACUCCAUCACGGACCACAGCAGCUUUGAGAGUGCAUCAGAGCUGCGCAUCCAACUGCGACACAUCCGUCAGGCUGAAAAUAUUCCCAUCAUUCUUGUGGGCAACAAGAGUGACUUGGUGCGCUGUCGAGAAGUAUCAGUGGAAGAGGGUCGGGCAUGUGCCGUUGUUUUUGACUGCAAAUUCAUUGAGACAUCAGCAUCAUUGAACCACAAUGUGCAAGAGCUGUUUGAAGGCAUCGUGAAGCAGAUCCGUCUUCGGCGGGAUAGCAAAGAGACCAACACACACCGGCGCUCCAUUUAUAAGCGUAAAGAGAGCAUCACCAAAAAGGCCCGCCACUUCCUUGACAGACUGGUGGCAAUGAACAACAAAAAGAUGGCCUUGAAAGUGCGUUCCAAAUCCUGCCAUGACUUGGGCGUGUUGUGAGCCUUUACUUAUGAAAGUUUUGAACACUAUUAUGAGUCUGAUGGAUGUAUUUGUCAUUAUUUAUUAUUUGUUUUACUUUUGAAGAUGGUGGAUUGAAUUAAGCAAUUCUAUUAAACUUUAAGUAGACUUUGAUGUAGUGAUUUUGUUGGACUUUCUGUGUUUGCUCUACUGAAUUGGGAAAAAAAA